AAGCCCUAUAAGUGUAAAAAAUGGUGGAAGGCUUUUAUAGCCAAAAAUAUCACCUUACUAGACACCUGAGAGUUCACAGUGGCAACAAGCCGUAUGAGUGCUGUCAUUGUGGGAAGUCCUUCAAAUAUAAGUCUACCCUCAAAAAACAUCAGACAGUUCACACUGGAGAAAAGCCCUGUAAGUGUAAAGAAUGUGGGAAGUCCUUUCGUCUAAUAUCUCACCUCACUGCACACCUCCAAGUUCACACUGGAGAGAAGCCAUAUGAGUGUAGAGAAUGUGGGAUGUCCUUUCGUCAAAGGUCUAAACUCACUAUACACCUCCGAGUUCACACUGGAGAGAAGCCAUAUGAGUGUACUGACUGUGGGAAAUCUUUUAGCCAAAAAUCCAGCCUUGCUAAGCACCUGAGAGUUCACAGUGGCGACAAGCAAUAUGAGUGCUGUGAUUGCGGAAAAUCCUUCAGUCAUAAGUCUUACCUCAAACAACACCAGAGAGUUCAUACUGAAGAUAAGCCAUAUGAGUGUACUGUAUGUGGGAAGUCUUAUAGGCAAAAUUCCAGCCUUACUAAGCACCUGAGAGUUCACAGUGGCGACAAGCCAUAUGAGUGCUGUGAUUGCGGAAAAUCCUUCAGUGAUAAGUCUUAUCUCAGACUACACCAGAGAGUUCAUACUGGAGAGAAGCCAUUUGAGUGUACUGAAUGUGGUAAGUCUUUUGGCCGAAAAUCCCACCUUAAUAAGCACCUGACAGUUCACAGUGGCAGCAAGCGAUAUGAGUGCUGUCGUUGUGGAAUAUCCUGCAGUAAUAAGUAUAGCCUCAAACGACACCAGAGAGUUCACACUGGAGAAAAACCAUGAGUGUACUGAAUGUGGAAAGGCUUUUAGCCUAAAAUCUCACCUUUGUAGACACCUGAGGGUUCACAGUGGCAACAAGCCGUAUGAGUGCUGUGAUUGUGGGAAGUCCUUCAAUGAUAAGUCUACCCUUAAACAACAUGAGAGAGUUCACACUGGAGAAAAGCCCUGUAAAUGUAAAGAAUGUGGGAUGUCCUUUUGUCUGAUAUCUCACCUCACUGCACACCUCAUGGUUCACACUGGAGAGAAGCCAUAGGAGUGUACUGAAUGUGGGAAAUCUUUUAAUCCCAAAACUAGCAUUAUUAGACACCUGAGAGAUUACACUGGAGAGAAGUGUUAAAUGUGCAGCAAAUGUUUUACUUUUCUCACUUAGUAUAAGAACACUGAAGGCGACUCUUUGGGACCUGUUUUUCUGAAUUUAAACCCCUUUUAAUGGAACAUGCACUCUGAUAUAUUCCUCAUAAAUUUCAGGUACAAGUGAGGAUUGAAGGAUCUGCAUUUGUACUUGCUCACAUGCCCAGACCUACUACCCAAUUGAUGUCACAGUGAGCAUUUGUGGCCGAAGAGAUUUCAUCUCUACCACCUGGCUCACCUGAAGAGCGUGCAUCAGUCACAAACCCUGUGUGCUCAGGGGAAAUGUAUUCUGUGUUCUUACUUGUGCUUGAGAAAACUGUGAUUACUUCAAGUUCUGGACUGGAUGUUCAUUCCUUUCUCUCUGACUAGGGAAUGGUUCUGACCUAGGGUUUCUCCAGAGCACCCAUCCUAAGCUAAGAACUGUUACCAUUUUCAGGGACAUUGUGGGUCUCACUUUUUGUUUUUAUGAAUUGUUUUGCUUUCUAAUUCACCAGCCUGCAAAUUGCUUACUGUCUUCUGUUCUGGUUUAUGAUCUUUAGUAAAGAUGUUUUUUCUUUCA